GUGCCAGAGCCUGGAUUGGCCUGCGACGUGAGACCACUCGCAGACCGUGGCAGUGGGCAGACGGAACACCUUUCUACUACUCGUCAUGGAGUGGCGGUGAGCCAAACAACUGGCAUGGAAAUGUAGAAAACUGCGUUGAAAUGUGGCCCUUGGGUAAUUGGAAUGACCUCCCAUGUGGCUAUCCUAUGCCCUACAUCUGCAAGCGUCCUGUCAGUCCCACCACCACUACAGCCAAGCCUGUCACCUGUCCUACUCCUGCUCCCUGCCCCACGACAGCAAAGCCUGUCACCUGUCCUACUCCUGCUCCCUGCCCCACCACCACGACAGCCAAGCCUGCCACCUGUCCUACUACUGCUCCUUGCCCCAUCUGUCCCGCUACCACCAAGCCUGCCACCUGUCCUACUCCUGCUCCCUGCCCCACCACCACUACAGCCAAGCCUGUCACCUGUCCUGCUCCUGCUCCCUGCUCCACCACCACGACAGCCAAGCCUGCCACCUGUCCUACUCCUGCUCCCUGCCCCAUCUGUCCCGCUACCACCAAGCCUGCCACCUGUCCUGCUCCCUGCCCCACUACAGCCAAGCCUGUCACCUGUCCUACUGUCCCCUGUCCUACUCCUGCUCCCGCUCCCACUACAGCCAAGCCUGCCACCUGUCCUACUCCUGCUCCCUGCCCCACCACCACUCCCGCCAAGCCUGUCACCUGUCCUACUCCUGCUCCCUGCCCCACCACCACCACUCCAGCCAAGCCUGUCACCUGUCCUACUCCUGCUCCCGCUCCCACUACGGUCAAGCCUGCCACCUGUCCUACUCCUGCUCCCUGCUCCACGACGACGGCCAAGCCUGCCACCAGUCCUGCCGGCCCUCCUCCGACCGAUGGGGAGCUCGAGAUGUGCGCAAUCUCCACCACUGA